CAAGAUGGCCGCCCAUUUAUGUGGGCGCAAGGACAAUCAGAAAAGUGUUAUCCGUGUGUGAUAUUUCGUUUAUAUUUGUGAUAAUAACGUUAAAUACAACCAUUGUUCUGUGCAUGUGUUUAUUAAAGGUUUUUGUGCAAUAUUAUAUUAGUUAAACGUGUAAAAAAAAUCAUUUAGUGCAAUCAUCAGUUGGAAUUUCAUUACGAAAAAAUGUUCCUUGUUGAAUAGUGAUUAUUUAUUCAGUGAUACAACAGUUUGGUUCGUCAUGACACUCGUUGUUGGAUGAUAAACGUUGUUACAUUGAGGGAUGGAGAAAGCCAAAGCUUACAUAAAGAGUUCGUUGGCGACCAAACCUGAUUCUCCGACGCUGUUGCGCAAGUCCUCUACUCCGGCCCAGGGUGAUGAUGUCCGCGUGUGCUUCGUUUGCGGGGGCACCGGCUUCAGUGAUCACUACACGAUCCGAGUCAAGCCUGAUGCCCAGCAGAGCUCGGAGCCUUACUUCCCGUUUUUGGGCGCGCACGCUCCCCCCACCGGCUACAAGGCUGAAGGCGAUGACGAUGGCACCGUCAAGUGUUGCUGCGUCUGCUACACUUUCCUCCGGCAGCAGUGGGAGCAGUACGACAGAGAGAACAAACCCCACCACCAGAGGUUUUACUGGAUGAAGAGAUUGGACGGAAAACCUUUUAUCGGUGCGGACAUGUCCUUCCAAGGUGAAUACGCAGCGCAAGUGUUAGGACUCUCGAACGAUGCGUCGACUACCCCGGCUCCUCGGGAGGAGCCCCCCGCCGCCUCGCCCCGGCCCACCUCGAGGACUCUAUACCCUACUGACCCGGCGCCGCCUGCAUCCUCACCUUUCAGGAAAGAAGAGAAGGAAACGAAUCAUGUCAAUAAAUUUGUUAAUCAGCGGUUUCCCCCCGCGCCCGAGGAGGAGGGCGUGCUGGACCUGCGGGCGCGCGACCCCUCCGUCAUAUCGGUCGGCUCGCAGCACUCCGGCGCCUCGGAGCCCGCCGGGUACCUGGACGCCGUCAGGUCGACGGUGUCCGUGUACUCGGGCAACUCCAACUCGAGCUCGGACCGCGACAUCCUGGACCUGUCGAUGCCGGACAAGAACUCGAUGACGGAGGUGUGCUACGUCUGCGGCGACGAGUUCAAGCGCGGCACGCUCUACAACCUCAACACCAAGGAGCCCAAGGAUAAAACUUUUCAGGCAAAGCAACCCUAUUUCCCGAUCUUCGGCGAGCAGCACCCCCGGCCGCCGCGCUCCCGGCCCAAGGACGCGCAGGGCACCGUGCGGGCCUGCAGCGCCUGCCACCACCACCUGCUGCAGCAGUGGAACACCUACCAGUUACGAGGGGUACCGGCGAAUGAACGCGUCUACACUCUUCGGACCCGUCCCCCCUCCCUACUGCCUCCUUCCCCUCUAAGCCUGGCCAGUUCCGGUGACAAGAGUCUGGCGGCCCACACCCACUCUCCUUCCUUAGAACGUCCCGCCAGCCAGCCGUCAGUGCCUCCGACGACUGCGACCUUCGUGUGCUAUGUGUGCGGAGUCAGCACCCCCAGCUCUCAGUUGAGGCUGGUGUACUGCUGUCCCAACCCCGAGAGGGAGCCCUACUACCCGUUUAUAACGAGUCUGAAGCCCCACGCUGACGCCAGUCCUAUUAGUCCACAGGGUAUGGUACAGAUAUGCGCGGCGUGCUACAAGAGCAUACCGCACAAGUACCCGGCGUACGGCGAGAAUGGCGAACCCAACCACCAUAAUAAUUCACAUACCAAUAAUAUUAGAUUUAAGCCGUACGAUAUAAAGUCGAGCUCGAGUCAGUCGAGCCGGCGACCCUCCAGCGCGCACUCCGCCAGCCCCCACGGACAGCUCGUCGCCGGGGAGAACGGCAUGGGCCUCUACAGGUGCUACGUGUGCGCGGGGCUGUUCCCGCAGCAGUCGAUGGAGUGGCUGUCCACCUCCGCGGAGUACAUGAACUCGCACGCCAUGCACUUCCCGUGCCUGGGCGCGCGCGGCGGCCGCGUGCUGGCGUGCGCGCGCUGCGUGCGCCACCUCGCCACGCAGUGGGACCUCAUGGACGCCGAGAGGGUGCCGCUCGAGCACCGCAGGUACAACAUACCGUCGCCCUUACCGUCGAACUCGUCAAUGAACGGCGAGCGAGUGAUCCCGACGCCGCCGUCCACCACCUCCGACCGGACCGUCGCCAGCAACAGCACGUGCACGUCCAUCUACUGCUUCCUGUGCGGCCUGCACUCGGACUUCACCCUGGCGCGCGUGCUGUACGGGCAGCCGCAGGGGAACGCGCCCUACUUCCCGUGCCUGCUCACGCACCAGAGCCACCCCAACGCGGAGCAGCUGCGCGACAACGGCUCCGCGCUCGUCUGCACGUUCUGCUACCACUCGCUGCUCAACCAGUGGCGCCGGUACGAGGCGCUGGGCGGGCAGCCGGCGGAGCGCCGCGUGUACAACACGCACGACUACAACUGCCACCUCUGCGGCGUCAAGACGUACCGGAAGCGGGUGCGCGCGCUGCCCAUCAAGGAGUUCCCGUUCCUGGUGCAGCGACGGACUGAAAAUUCACUGCUGUUAGAGAACGGUGACUACGCCGUCGUGUGUCUAGAUUGUUACGAGAGCUUAAGGACGCAGGCGGCGGACUACGAGCGGCGCGGCGUGCCCGUGGACAAGCGCGAGUACAACUGGCUGCAGCAGCCGCCGCCGCCCGAGGACUCCGCCGACGUCACCAUCGCGCGCCUGCCCUCCGGGGACAGGUCCGACAAGCUGAUACCGCAAUCCCUGGUGCUGCAGCGCGGCUCCAGCAAGCGGCACAGCCCCAAGCAGGCCGCGGCGCUGCUGGCAGACCGCCGCCUCACCCCCAAGCUGGAGAAGGCUUCGGACACAGGGCUACCGAGCAGCAAGAUCCCGAAGCGGGCUGAUCUCGCGCCGAACAAAGGCGGGCCCUUUGCGGCAGCCCUGCGUACUCUAGCGAAAAACGCUGGCCCCGAAGCAAAGGACGGAGGUGGAGGCGGCGUCCCGAGCUCGGAGACCAAGGACAAGCCCCCGCCGGCGCAGCAGAAACGAGCCUCGCCCCACCACCUGCCGACCAGCGGCUUCCAGCCCUACAGACCGGACGAGAGAUUAUCGCAUCCUGCGGCGCCAUCGUUUCCACUGUUGGAGCCGUCUGCCUAUUCGCCGUACGCCCACCCCAGUCUGUAUUCUAGCGCCGCCCUCCAAUACAGGAUAGCAGCAGAGGAGCAGAUGUACUUGGAGCGGGUGUUCCGCAGCGGGGUCGGGGUGGGCUGGCUGCCGCCCUACGCGCUGUACCCGCCCCUCGCGCCCCCGCUGCCCCUCGUCCACCCGCACGCGCACGCACACGCGCACGCACUGCACGACGAGCGCGACAAGGAGAUCGCGCUGCAGCGGGAGCGGGACAGGGAGCGAGAGCGGGAGCGGGAGAGGGAACGAGAAAGAGAAAGAGAACAACGCGAAAAAGAACAGAGAGAACGCGAGCGCGAGCGAAUGCACCGGGAGAAGGAGUCCCGCGCCCGGGAGGCCGUGCGCGAGGAGCAGCGGGCGCUGGCGGCCCUGCACGCGCACCCGCACCUGCUGCCGCCCUCCGUGUACUCCCUGCCGCGCCCGCUGCUGCCGCCGCCGCUGCUCUACCGGCCCGCCUACCGCCCCUACCCGCCCUACGAGCCGCGCCCGCACCCGCCCGCCGAGCCCGCCCGCACGCCCACCCCCACCGCGCCCGCACCCGCGCCCCCCGAGCCCGCGCCCUCCCCCGCCAAGCCCGACGAGCCGCCAGGUGAGGAGCCCGCGCCCGUCUGACCACCACAGCGCUCGGGUGUGUGACGUCAGCGCGCGUGACGUCACGGGGCGCCACCCGGACCUACACCCGGAAACUCAUUUCGUGAUCGUUUUAUGAAUAUAAUUAACAAAAAAAUCUUUUCAGUUGAAAUUAUUCUAAUUUAUCGAUAAGUGUAAUAUAAUAGUGUUUAUACAUCGUGCUCGAUAUUGUUAUGGGGACACGUCUUCAUCUCGCGUUACAUAAUGGCGAUAGUUGAGUAACUUUUAAUAAAUUUAAUAAAACUGAUUACAAUAACAAAAAUCUAACAAAGACUGUAGGAUAUUUUUGUUACCAAAAACGAAUUACGUUUGAUUCUCUGCUAAACUUUAGUUAAGAAGUAGAAAAAUUUCACAGAAAAUAAGAAAUUAAAUUUUUAAAAAUAUUUGUAUAAAUAGAAAAAACAACAGAAGCUAUGGACAUGUACAUUAUCUUACAUAAUAAUUAAAAAUGCCUCUAAAACAACGAAAUUAAAUAAUUACAAAUACCUAAUGAACACACUGCCGUUUUAUAUACUUCAAUUACUAUUUACACAAGUAAGGAACUAUUGCAACAAAUUUAUUGUCGUAUAAAAAUGUUUUUCUAAUGCGAAAAAUAUUUUUAUGAAAUCACUUGUUUGUUUAGUCCUUUGCAACGAAUUGUCGGUCGCGUCCGGAAACGUUGAAGGCGUGCUUCUGACAAGCGUACAGCUAUAUUGUCGUCUUGAUGAUUGCGACAGUGUAAGCCACAGGGCCCCUCGUGCCGUCCCCCUCAACCCGAUCCCCCCGGUCCCCUAUCCUAGGUCCCCUCUGCCCGGUCCCCCCUCGUCCCGAUCCCCCCACAUCCCGGUUCCUAAAAGUCUAAUUUUAUUAAACAGUUUUCUUGUCGACUAUCGAAACUGCUUUUUCUUAUUUAAGGAGCUUGUUUCCUUAACCGCAGAGUUCACAAUCGUUAUGGCAAGUGUAAACAUCUGCCACACGCGCCUUACGCUGUCGCCAAUCGUCUGUUGUUUGAAUAUUAUGGUGAUUUUGGCCUAUCUGUGUAUCUGUGUACUCGUAACGAGCGCCGAGUGUUGUGCUGCCAAUAGAUUAUCGAUUUUGUUUAAUCGAUAAUGUUUUUUUUUGUAUUUGUGCGACGCAAUACAAUGUGUCGUUGAAUAUGUUGUUAUGAUUUGUAAUUAAAAUGAAGAUGUACACGUAUCUAUCUACACGUCUCUCUGAACCGACGGCGGUCGGGUUGAGUAUUAUUAUUCUGUUAUCGAUAAUAGAUUUUUUAUUUGAAAAAAAAAAAAAAACUGCAUUACAUGAAUAAAAAAUCUUUGAUCGAUAAAGAAGCACGAUAUAAAAAAAAUAGGGUUAUUUUAAUAAAAAAAAAGUAAUUCACUACGCUUAUAGUCAUUUCGAAAUUGUGACCGCGAAGUAAGUAAGGGUGCGCGCGGACGACGCUGCCUGGAGCAUCGCGCCGCCGCCGCGCCGUGUGUAAUGUACUUGUGUAUAAAUAUUAAUUAUUAAUUAUAAUAGUCCCGUCGUUUUUGGUAUAUAAUUUUAAUGUAUUUUCGCACUUGAUCAUGUAAUUAAUAAUAAUAAUAAUAAUUUGGUAAAUCGAUUCCCGAGAACGAAUCGAUACAUUGGCUUUGAUACUUACGGAUUUUAAUCGAUGUGUUUAAUCGAUUUUGUUUUUGUAUUCGUUCGCGGCUCUAUGUUAAGUCGUCUGAUGUUAUAUAUCUAUAUUGAACUGCGUUUGUGAUAUGAGGUGCCGCGGCAGCACGCGACGCAGCAUCCGUCGAGCUAUUCAUUAGGUGUUCAAAUAGUUUUUUUUGUAAUGUUUUUUUUUUUUCGUUUCGCAUUUAUGUACGCGGACGUGCGGGUCGCGGCCCGUGACGUCAUGUAAAUAUAUAAUUUAAUAGUUAGAUACGAUGUGGACAAUACCUAACAAGUGAAUGAGAUGAGAAACCUGAUUUUAUUGAGAAUACAUUCAAUGAAAUUAAACAAAAAA